AUGUGGCUUGAAGCUAUGAACACAGAACUGAAUGCCCUAGAAGCUAAUCACACAUGGGAUUUGGUACCUCUUCCACCUACUAAGAAGCCUAUUGUUUAUGUUGAUGAUGUUAUGGUUACUGGUACUAACAUUGAUGAGAUUGAUGCACUAAAAUCUCACCUUCAUCAAGAAUUCAGUAUCAAAGACCUUGGAAGACUCAAUUACUUCCUAGGUAUUGAAGUGGGUUAUAGCACUGCUGGUAUCCUUCUCAAUCAAAACAAGUUCUCCAGGGAACUACUUGCAUAUUGUUCCUAUGAGCUACAAAGAAAAGCAUCCACUCCUCUUCCUUUGAACCUUAAACUUCAAGCACAUGCUGCUGGUCAGGGGAUCUUGUUAAAGGCAUCAGAUCAGCUUUGUCUCCAAGCUUAUUUUGAUUCUCAUUGGACCUCUUGCCCAGAUUUAAGGAAAUCAAUUACAGGGUAUGUACUUUUACUUGGUGGUUCCCCAAUUACUUGGAUAUCCAAGAAACAAAGCACAAUUUCCAAGUAUUCCUCUGAAGAUGAGUAUAAAGCCAUCGCAGCAGCAGCUUCAGAGGUCACUUAG